AUGGAUUAAGAUAAGUAUCAAUCUAGGUAAAAUAGAGAAUAUAUUAAGCAGAGAGUAUCAAACAUUAUUAAGGAUAUAACAAAAAGCAAUAGCGCUUCUAGUUCCUCGACUAUGAAAGAAAAUAAUCUUAUUUCUGAAAUGGCUAAAACUGUGAGUGGUACUCCUUAUAAAAGAUCUUAGGUAGUCAGCUCAGCUUUGUAUAAUCAUCAGAAUAACUCUGCUUUAAAUUCUUUUCAAACCUCCAUAAUGAUUCCAGAAAGUGAAAAAUCUGAUUCUAACUAAAGAUAUUAGGCUGAGAUAGAAAAAUUAAAAAAGACUUUAAAUGAGAUGAGUGAUAGGGAAAAUAAAAUGAGCCAGCAAUUAAAUCAACAUGAACAAUAGAUUGAAAUGAAAGAUAGCUUUAUCAACUAAUUAGAAUUGAAAGAUGAAAUUAUUAAGGAUUAAUAAAAUAGUCUAAUGGGAUUAGAAUAGUAAAUAGAAUAUUUGGUAUAGUUAAAUAAGGACCUUAAUCAGAGAGUUUCUUAAAGUUUGCUAGAAUGUCAAAAAUAUAGAGCAUAUAAUGAUCAAAACUAGAUGAAAAUAAACAUUCUUGAAAGUGAAAUUAAUUUAUUAAGAUAAGAGAAUGAAAGAAUAAGAAUGAAACCAAUGAUUCACUCUAAAUAAACUUAAACAAUACAAAGAGUAAAGUUAGAUGCAAUGACUUGCACCUCUGAGUUUCCUACUGUUAUACCUAGGAAUAGUAAUAUGGAGACAUUUGCUGACAAGGAUUUAAAUUUUACACUAAAUAAUUAACAGCAAGAAUUUGAUAAAAAUUUUGGAAGCUCAACAAUUACAUCUCCUAAAUGCUAAUCAAGCUAUAUGUAAACUCCCACUAGGUCAGCUUUACAAUAAUUUAUUAAUAACUCGAGCACAAAAAAGAAAGAUGAUCUCUAUAGAUCUCAUUUAUUUAACAGAUCCUCAGCUAUAAAAGAAACUUAAACGAAUACUAUUAAAAUAAGUAGAAAUUCUCAAAUCUAUUAGAGCAAUAGUGCAAUUAAUCAUGAUCAUUAGGGGUUGUAGGGUUGCCCAAAACAAAACUAAAAUCUUAAAUGCUCAGUUUAAAAUAAAAUGAGUUCAACUGCUUAAUUGGCAAAUUUCAUUACCAAGGCACCACAAAAUCCAAAUAGAGUGAAUGCUAAUUAAAUAUUGGUAAAAAGUCCAGAGAAAUCUAAGCUAACUAAAUCUUGUGAGAAGGUAAAGCAGAUUAUGAAUGAAAAAAGGAAUGAACUAAAAUUAGUCUCACCUUCUGCAAAAGAUUAUGAAAGUAGUUGCAAAGAUUAGUUGAGAUGCCCAAGGAGAGAUAUUGCUUCAGAUCCUAAUACAACAAAGGCUAACACUAAUCUUUAAAGGACCCCGUAAAAUACCAAGAAAUCAGCUAAUAAUUCCUAUCAAAAGGCAUCAAGCAUUCUAAGGCAAAGAUAUUAAAGCACCAUACCAUAAAAUCUUACUCCAGUUCGACAGUAGAGAACUAUACAGCAAUAAACUCAGGGAUCUCAAUUAAAUUCUCAUAGAAGUGAUAUUCCAAUAGCUCCAGUGGCAAUUUAAAAAUCCGAGUAGAAAAAACAAAGUGUUCUCACUCAAUAUACAACUAAACCUUAAAAUAUCAAAACUAUCAGAAGCAAUUAAAUUUCAAAUAAGAGCUUAAACAUUAAGCAAUAAAGUUAGACUUCAAGAUCUAUGUUGAAAUCAGAUAGUGAUGCUUCUCUUGGUAAAUCUUAACUCAUUAUCCAAAAGAUCAAAAUUUGUCAACAAUAGUCAUAAUAGCAAUAACCUAUUCAGAUAAUAGAUAAAUCUAAAAUAGUUAAUUCUAAUUAACAUAUACAAUCUAUUUUGAUUAAACAAGGCAUUCUUAAAUCAAAUCUAAGCUAGAGUAUUCUUAAUUCAGAGGCUUAGCUAGUUAGUAUUCCAUCGAAUCCUGAGUUGAGAAUUGAUAAUGUUAACAAAUUAUUCCUUGAUUAACUUUAAUCAUUAGACAAUAACUAGCAAAAUAUUUGCAUAAAAAGGAAGGCUAUCCUUGAAGAAGAAAAGAAAAGAGGCUUGAUUCAAAAGAUUUAAAUUAAAGAUGAAAAAAUUCAUAAUCUUAUCGAAAUAAAGAAGCAAGAAUAGCAUUUUAGAGAUUUGACUUAUGAGUAGAGAAGAGACUAAUUUAAGAAUGAAGUAAAGGAAAGAAGAGAAAAUCUGUCUAAAACUCCAAAUAAAAACAUCAGAACUUCUAGUGCAUAAAAUACUCAUAUGAAUUCUGUAAGCAGAAAUAAUUGCUGCAAUUAUAAUGGAAGAAAUAGUAACUUAGUUUAGCUAAAGACUGAUGAAAGCUAAAUUAUGUUGAUGGAUGAGGCUAGUGCUUUCAAAACUUAAUACACUGACAUUCAAUUCAAUGCACAGAUGAUGCAACAAAGCUGUGUUUCUCCCUUAAGGAAAACAAUAAGACCUCGUGCAAGUGAGGGAAAAGUAUCAAGGAAAUUUCUUGUGAAUCCUGAAGAAGAAGAUGAAGCUCCAUAACCUUUGAAUGUGAAAAUAUCACCAAUCGUAAAUCAAUAAAAAAUGAACUAUGAAAUGUGA